AAUUUAGUACUGUCCCUAGCGUCUCCACUGAAUUCUACGCCCUUGGUAUUUACAUUUAUCAGAAGUAUUACGCAGUGAGUCACACAGGACACGCCCUUGCAGCCUGAUUCAUUCCGUAGGUAAGUCGCUAUAUAAUGUCGCUGUGAAGAAGUUAAGGGCUUUACAACAGCAGCAGGUGCGCUCACUGUUCAUCUAAGGUUAGUCAUGUCGCGCGCCUCCAUCGCACCGCCGAACUUCUCAUGGGUCGAGCCUCAGAAACUCGCCGGACUGGCCUGUCCUUCAGAAACUCCGCAUUAUAAGUUCCUGGUGGACAACGGCAUUAAACACCUGGUGUGCCUGCUAGAAUCCAAACCACCGAAAUACGACACCUGUCCAGAGCUCAUCCUGCAUCACAUCAGCAUAGUGGACUUCACUCCGCCGAGUCUCUCUCAAAUCCUGAGAUUCCUGAGCAUCGUGGAGGAGGCCAGUGCUAAAGGGGAGGGCGUUGCGGUUCACUGUAUGCAUGGUCAUGGCAGGACGGGGACCAUGCUGGCCUGCUACCUGGUGAAAACAAGGAACAUCUCAGGUCUGGAAGCCAUCAAGGAAAUCCGACGACUCCGAAAAGGAUCCAUUGAGACAAAAGAGCAGGAGAAAGCAGUGAUAGAGUUUCAUAAAUACAUUCAAAACUGUUCUCAGAACUGUUGUCAGAAACAUUAAAUCCACACCCACAAUUGUCUGUACAUUGACAGCUGUCUGUGAUCCAUGUUUGUGAACUGAUCCUCACGUCAGUAAUGUAAAACAAACAAAAAAAAGUGUUGUGAGCAGACAAAAUGUGUCAUACGCCCACAGAGAAUUCAGAUGACAAAACAAGUGCUUUGUGUAACCUCACCUACUCUUUAAGUAACCAGUGAUAUGGGUGUGUUGGGUAACACAAUUUGAAUCUCUGCUCCUACUGUUUAUAAUAGAAUUCUAAAUGUAUUUUGAAUUCUAAACAGAAUGCAAUGUCAAUAAUGCUUGUUUGUAUUCAGAUCUAUCCACCUUUUGUCUUUCAACACAGAAGAAAGCCUAUGGGUGAGACAUCCAGUUCAUUAAGUGCUAUAGGGAAAUAAUGAGAAUAACAAAGUGCUGUAAAUGGUAAAACUGUUUACACUACAAACCAGUGUGUUCAUAAUUAAGAUAAUACAUUAAAAAUAUGGUAAGACACCAAUUUGCGAUAUCAAGCAGCAAAACGACCUGGACCCGGAUGAGACCGGAAACCAGACCCAUAAAAUUUACAAAUGAAAAAAAAGUGGAUAGAUUUUUCAAAAAUGCAUUAAAAGUGAAAUUAAUUGACAAUGACUUGAUUUAACCCUUUUUAACGUUUUC